AAAAUCAUUUUUUCCUGAGUGCCACAACAAACAGGGAGGGGCUGUGACCAUUCCUGUCCACUAGGUGUCCAGAUGUGCCCCCCUCCACCCAGAUAUUCAGCACCCAUGCUGAUACCUCCGUAUCCCAAGGAAACUAAGGGCACCCACAUUCUGGGAGCAGGGCUUUCAGCUAGCAGGAAUCCGAAACUUUUUCUCAGGAUGCCAGAGUUAGGAAAAGGGCAGAGAAAAAAAAAAAGGCUCCCUGUCACCCGGAGUUGUGAUGUGUCCCACAAAGAUUCAGAGAUCCCAACCAGUCCCCACCAGUCAUACAUGGGAAUGCCCAAUUACCACCCCCCCAUACACACACAAGCAGAAACUGACAAAGAUGCUGGUGUCCACUGCUCACGGCACACCCCUCCUUCCGCCAACAGUACCAGUACCACUCCAGUCACUCCAAUUUCAUCUGCAGCCCAACAGAACCGAAAGACACACCCCGGAUCCACAUUCACACCCCCAAGGACCUUUUCUACAGGCAACACCCAGAGACUUGGGAAGCCACGCAGUGCGACCCACAGAUCCGCAGACCACACUGGGACUCACACCCAGGGAAGGGGUAGAGCUUGUUACGCACACACAGUUAACUACCCCGCCCCCCAGAGGGCACCCACCGAGCCCCUCCGGGAGCCCAGCACCCCACCCCCUCACCGCACACGCACUAACACGCGGGGAGACAGACGCACAGCGGCCGUGGGUGAAGCUUCACAAAACCCAAUCGAUACACACACGCACGAGUUGUACACAAAGCCUCGGGGCGCUCACAUACGCACACGCAGGUCCACGCUGUUAUACCCAAAGUUCCACGCUGAAAACCCCCGCACCCCGGCUGCCAGCCGCACCACGCGCCCGCCUGCCCGCAGCUCACACCCCCUGCUCCUGCCCUUGACCACAAACGCGGCGGGGUUGGGCCAGGCCGGGCCGGGCCGGGCGGCGCCAGUAGCAGAGCGGCCAGGCGGCCCGAGGAGGCCCGGCUCCUCGGGGACCGGCGUGCGCCCGGGUCCCCUCGCCGCGUGUCCUUCGGCCGGGCCGCGAGGUCAGGCUAGCUCUCCCCUGCCGGCCAUCCACGCCUGGGGCCCUCGGCCUCCUGCUGGCCCCCGCCGUUCCCGGUCCGCGGCCUAGAUUAAGGCGGCAUGAAGAGAGGGGCCCAGAGCACGAAAGUGAAUGUGACACUCCGCCUCUGAAGGCCCAGGACAAGCCCCGAGGGAAGUUCGGUCCGGAGAUCAUGGAGUUUCCACGAACACUUGGAGGCCAGCUCACCUGCAUGUCCUCAGCGAGGUCAUCUCACCUCUGUGAGCCUCGGGGCUCACCUCUGUCAGUGGGAUCAUGAAAAUGCGGGCUUGGGGGGCUUUCAGAAGAUCAGAUGGGU